AUGGCUUUGGUGGUAAAAGUCUUGGCUCUAGUGGUGGUGAUGAUGGCUAUGAGGUUCGGAGAAGUUAAAGCUGUCUACAUGCAAAAUGUUGAGAAACCUCGCUUUGCCCGGCUUGUUUUUCAUUCUGCUUCCGCCGUUGAAGCUGUCUUUAAUGGGAGAAAAAAGGUCGUGUUCUCCAUUAAUGAGAAGGAUGUUACAGCUAGGAAAACUCUUCCUACGUACGCAUAG